AUGUGGCGGACCGCCAGGCCAUGGACGGCAGCCCGUGGCGGCGGCGCUGCCACCGCGGCAGCGGAUGGGUGGUCGUCUGCCGCGCUGCCGCCGACGGAGCGCCCCCGGCGCGACAGGGGCACGCACCAUUUGCAGCGCUUGUGGUGCUACUUCCACAUCGAGAACAUGGCCGUCCCAGGCUUCGACCUCGUCCCGAUUAUCAUCGGUCUCCGCGGCUGCAACACGAGAAGGAUCGCCGAGCUCACUGGCGCGAAGGUGCGGGUGCGGGGCAAGGGCAGCCGCCACCUUGAGCCUGUCACGGGGAAGGAGGCGCCCGUGCCGCUGUCGCUGGUGGUCACGUGCUUCGGCAGCCAGCCCGACAACUUUCUCGAGGCCUGCGUGCAGGCCACCAUGCUACUGCGACAUGUCGAGCAGCGGUACUUCGACUGGCGCUCCCAGUGUGGGGCCGCGCAUGCAGAGACCGAGGAGGCCUUCACCCUGGAGCUCAAGUGCCGUGAGACCUGGGAAGGCCUCCGCGCGCGCCUGGGAGACCAGGCGCCUGCAUGCUACAGAAGGUGCCUCACGCGCUAG